AUGUAUUUAUUUGACCAGCCAUGGGAAACUGUUACAACAGCUGCGAUGCAGGAAUACCCAAGCCCUGUGAACCCAAGUGUGGUUGGAGUUGAUGUGCUGAACAGACAUAUAAAUCCCUCUGGAAAACUACAGAGCCAAAGAUUUCUCAGAACAGAGUGGGAUAAAAUAAUGGAAUUUAAAUCUUCUAAUAUUUCACUUAUAAAUAUGGUUUCAGUAGAUGAGAGACUUAUAUACAAACUACAUCCUCAAGAUCCAGAAAAAACUAGUUUGACUCAGGAAGCCAUAAUCACAGUGAAAGGAGUCAGCCUCAGCAGUCACCUUGAAGGACUGAUGCCAAGUAUGAUAUCUUCAAAUGCUAAUAAAGACCAAGAAGCAAUGGACUGGGUAAUAUAUAAAUUAAAUGCUGAGACUGAAGAAUUGGCCACUUAA